AUGUCUAUGGAAAGUGAACGAGACUUUCUUAGGGAUAUCGUUACAGGCAUUAAAUGGAUUCAUAAAAAUAAAAUUAUCCACCGUGAUAUACACGGUGGAAAUAUAUUAAUAAAUAAUUUGAAAAGCAAUGGUUCUGAUUCUAAAACCUUAAUUGCUGAUUUAAGGUUUGGUCGUCCACCAAAAGAUGAUUUUCGAUAUUUACGGUUUCGAAUGAUUAUGUGGGAACUUAAUGGUGGAUAUUGCCCGUUCUAUGAUAGGCCAUAUGACUCACAUCUUGCGCUUGAUGAAUUACGAUCAAAUAUUACUUAA